UAAUCUCCCCCAUAGAGCCUACUGCAAGAAGGCCGUGUGGACAUAGAGGCUGCAUGGGCUAAGCUCAUAGACUGCAAACGUUGUCAUUGAGCCCCAAUUUACACCAAUAUAAGGCUGAAGUGUCUGCCAAGAGACAACAAGUCCCCUUUGAAGACGCUUAAUAUCAGUACUUGACUUUUUUUUUUUUUGCAAUCUGUUUACAUAGGUAAAGUCCCAAUCAUUUUGCUCUUUAUCAUUGAGCUGUGUAUGUGGUUAGUGUGGUGCCAGUUUACCCAGACAAUGCGUUAGUCUGCUAAAUGAGGUGUUUGCAAUGGGAGGGGAAGAUACCUUGUUGGACUUGGUUAACCCCUUCCGUCCUGCAAAGAUCAGAUGCCUCCAUGCUGACUAAACCCAUAAUUCUGUAGGCAUGGAAAGGGUUGUGGAGGAAGGUCUACAAUUGUAUUCUUAUCUGGAGAUCACCUGAGAGGACCAGGUCUCCUUCCCCAAAAUCUCCAAUUUAAGCUGUUUGAUCUGGUUCAUAAAAACAUCAAGCUAUUGACUUUGAAAUGCACCCAACACACAUUUGCUGUCAUUCUCAAUGGCCCUUCCCUCAUUUCCUAUGUAACUCCUUCCUUAAUAAACCACAUUAACAUUAUUCCCCCCACAAACACUACGUGGCUCCAAGGAUCAGAUAAACCUGUCUGUUUCCUAGGACUCUUCCUGUUUCAGGAACUUGUAUCAAAUAAUUAUAGACCACUAUAGGCCCCAGUUCGACAUUACAUGAUCCCAUAGACUCCUAUAGCAAUUUUUUUAUGGCCCAGUAUAAUAUCAGAUCACUUGGAGCCAACAGAAAGUCUUCACCAGAAUCCAAUGAUUUCGUUAGACCCAAAGUAUCUACUGAGAAACAUAAAGACUCUGAUUAAGUUUCUACCCAGUCAGUCUGUCCUGUGAUAUCAUUUCAAUGACUCCGAUAUCUUAUCUGGAAACAAUGAAUCCCCAAAAUGGUUUAACAGCAAUGAGCUAAGACUAUCUAAUCCUGAAAAAAAAAAAGGUAUUGAUUCAAUUACUUGACAGUUCUAUCAUUGAAGGCCGGCCUUCUAGAAAUGAACUUGGAGCCAGUAACUUCUGAAUUGAGGGAUUAGGAGGAUGUGACAGUCGCCGGACAAUGGAAAUUACUGUAACACCCAAUAAGCCUAUUGUUGUGGACAUUAUUACAUGUGUUGGCUCAUUACACCCCACCUUGAGUCUGGGGGCUUUAAAUAUGCCUGACAGACAUUGAGGAGGUUAGUUGCACAUUGGAAGAGGAAGGAAAGGGACAACUCAGAGCUGGAAAUGGAAAAGAGAUCUUAUUCAGUGGAAUGGCUUUCGGAAAGUAGUCAUAGGAACACGACGGCUACUACAACUACAACUCCUCUCCCCAAUGUGGAUUUAUUAAGGAGCAGGUUGGGUCAAGCUUAUCCCUAUGGGAAGGAAUAUAAUAUCUCGUUGCCAUUGGGAAUGGAGAAGCCUCAAGCAGGAACAGAGUUCAAUGAGAAGGAAAACCACAUUGACAACAAAAUUGCACUUUAUCAAGCACCGAGCUCCCUGCAAGACACGCAUGGAGUUUCCAUAUCUAGAAAAGCAUUUCAAGAGCUCUCUGCCCAAAGAACAAGUCCCAUCCCAGAGAAGUGUCAAUUCUCUGACACUGACAGUAUAAAGAGUCCAGGUUCCGUAUCUGAGGACGAGUCUUCAUCCCGACCCAGAACGAAGUUCACUGCUGAGCAACUGCAGGAGCUAGAGAAGAGCUUCAAGGAGCACCGCUACAUUGGGUCCAGUGAGAAGAAGAGGCUGUCCAAGGUGCUGAAGUUAUCAGAAACUCAGAUCAAAACUUGGUUUCAGAAUCGAAGAAUGAAGUUUAAGCGUCAAAGCCAAGAUGCAAGAGUUGAAGCUUUCUUCUCCGGCCUGUACCUUCCUUUUUACAACUAUUCAGACUUUCAGCAACCAGGUUGCUCAGUACGACCAGAUCUGACCGUACCCAUUGCCCCUCCAGCGCCAAUCCAUCCCUAUGGAGCACUGACAACAGGAGUUGUUAGGCCUGCAAUCCAUGCUAGACACAUCACUGCGCCAAAUCUUGGAGCCUACCCCUGCCCUUCUGUGCUGGUACACCCUAUGAUCAAUGAGCCAAUAAGCCACAGAUAUGCCCCAUAUUAAUUUCUUAAAUGGACUUUCAAUGGACAUCUAAAAACAAUGCACAUAAUUUAUUGUAAGUUAUUUUCUUUUUUAUUGGUUUUAUAUAGUAGAAUAUUUAUAUAUAAGUGCGCUUUAUAACAAUAAUGUGAACACAAUUCAUUGGUUUGCAC